AUGACGCUCAUAGCCCCACAGGUGCAGAGACUGCCACAUCAGAGAAGACCGGAGGGCGCAGCGAGCAGGACCGCCCCAGCGACAGAGGAAUCCCGAGUCGAAGUCUUCCGCCGCAAACCGAUGGGCGGGCGAUGGGCCUCGGAGAUGGAGGACGUCCCCCUCGAGUCGGUGGACCUCGAGGAAGUCGGCCUCAGGCUAGAGAAACGAAGGUCGGAGAUCAGGCGUCGGUGCGAAACGUCCCUCUCGCCGGCGGAGCUGACGGAGGCGCCCAACAGCAGGGAGUUCCUCAUCAACAGGGACUACGGCCUCGUGUGGUGCAACGCGUUCAAGGCCGCCUCCUCCACGGGGCUCUACAACUUCCUCCUGAUGGCCGGGAUCUCCCAGAAGGUCAUAAAGGAGUCAAGGAUGUCUCCCGUGGAGGUCGCCCCCAACCAGGCCUAUCCGCGGCCGUCCGUCGAGGAGCUGGGCUCUGUCGUCGCUUCGGCCAACGCCACGGCCUUCCUCGUCGUCCGGGAGCCCUUCCAGCGCCUCCUGUCGGCCUUCAGGGACAAGAUCGAGUCCAACCACCAGACAUAUUAUCGGUAA